AUGAAGCAACAUGCGAGAGAGGAGCUCCGACGACCUCAGCCCGUGAACUAUGCCCCCACCGGUUCCAUCUCCGAGGUCCAUAACCUCUACGAGUCAAAGCCGGACAAACGGGGUCGCACAACGUGGACGAAGGAAUACCCUGAUGACCUCACCGUCCCGGCCGAGAAUACUGAAUCCGGCCAAUACGCACUCCUGGUGCGAAACGUGAAGUGUUACGACGGCCGUAAACCCCUGCAGAUUCACUCCAUCGUCGUUCAAAGUGAAUCACUGAAGGAGUUUCUGGUCAGGGUCUUCAAGGACUACCCCGGCCUGACGAUGACGUUGAAGCGGGUUGAGUUCAAGCCACCAUUCAUGCCGUUUGUCCACCGGUGGGAGGGAUUCCAGAAGGCCAGGGACGAAGUCAAAGACCCCAUGACCAAGUCCGUAGUCGACCUACUCUAUAACAUUUUAGAGGAAGAGCUUCGUGAGACUAUUACCCGCAGGAAGGACCUGAUUCUCAAUGGCGUUGUCACUCACGAUAUGCUUUGGGCGAUCUUUGAACCGGGAGUCAAUGUUUAUUGUAUUCAUGGCGAUCAUGAACGUGUCCUCCAGUCAUUGUCGGCCUCGACCAACUGUGAAGGAGUAUUUGUUGUGUCCGCUAAGUACGUUGACUAUGAUGGAAAUGGCUUUGGAUAUAGGAAGCAAGGCCAAUGCAUCCCCCCUUUCCAAGGGACAGUGCCAAUCACUUCCCUACCCGUUUUCCCUCUACAUUUCCACCCAAAUGCAGGCGGCGUACGGGACAAUCUCAUUUCCAGGGGAAGAUUGUGGGAGGAACACAGCGGAUAUCACUACAAGCAGUACGAAGGACCUGGGUUCACCAAAUUCAUGGGACAGACCAUGCAGCUCAACGUCAAGAGCCGAAUCAUUAUUGACGGCGAGGCCUUCAAUACUUUCAACCCCAACGACUCCACCAGAAUUGAUGGCUGCACCAAAACUCUCAGCGAUGAGCAACGGCUUCUGGCGACUCCCAUUCUGCGUGGGUACUCGCUAAAGGAUAAAAGAUGGCUCGAAUUCUAUCUCGAAGGGGUAAGGGAUAUUGUCUGGGACUCACAGGCUUUCGACUCGCUGGUCCUUCCGGCAGAGCAGCAGCGACUGAAAGGUCUGAUUCUGGCCAUCGCAAAGGCACAGUCGAAGCAGAUGGAUACCUUUGACGACAUAGUGCAGGGCAAGGGUCGGGGCGUCAUCAUACAGCUGAGUGGCCCUCCCGGAGUAGGAAAGACGCUCACGGCUGAAAGUGUAGCGGAGGUGAUGCGGGUUCCUUUGUAUGUUUUGAGUGCGGGAGACCUAGGCACAUCCCCUGGGAAUGUCGAAAAGGCACUGAAGGAUAUCCUUCGCAUGGUCCCUAAGUGGGGUGCAGUUCUUCUGCUCGACGAGGCGGAUGUGUUCAUGGAGACGCGUAAUUCCAAGGAUCUGGAGCGGAAUGAGUUGGUUUCAAUCUUCUUGCGACUGUUGGAAUAUUAUGAGGGUAUUUUGUUCCUCACGACCAAUCGUGCCGAAAGCAUUGAUCCGGCUUUCGAGUCGCGUAUUCAUGUGUCGGUUCGGUACCCUGACCUCGAUGCCAAGUCACGGCGCCAGAUCUGGACACAAUUCCUGGGCGCGAAUGGCGGGUUCUUGUCGGAACAGCUGGACUAUCUUGCCCAGGUGAAGCUAAAUGGUCGACAGAUCAAGAACGUGCUGAAGACGGCGCAUCUUCUGGCGCGCGAGCAGGAUCAUGAGAUUGGAUAUGAUCAUGUUCGGACGGUUUUGGACUUGCGGGCACCAAGUAAUGCGAAUUUGAUGGAUGAGACUGAUUAA